AUUGUGGAAAUAUUCUCGUUAUUGUAUACUAUAUUAAGUUGCAAUCGUUCUGUAGAUAAAAGCGGCAACUGUCCACUGAGAAAUACCGUGACCAGCUGCACCCCCAGAUGCGUGGGUGACGAACAAUGUCCCUUCAAUCAAAAAUGUUGUCCGAAUAAAUGCAGUUCCACGUCGUGCGCUCAAUCGAGUGCCAUAAACACUGGUAAUGAUGGCGGUUACAAGGGUUCGAGCAAUCAAGCCGUUUACUGUAAUGGAGUGAAAUGCGCCGCGUAUGAAAAAUGCCAAUACGACCGCAACGCCAGGCGAGAGAAAUGCACGCGCACUUAACAUACGAACACACACACAUAAAAAUAAAUAUGAUGUAUGGUAUAUCUUAUGAAUAUCUAAAUUAUGGUCUAUCACUUUCUCUCUUUAUAUCUUAAUUCGAUUUUAAUUCGUGAUCAAAUUUCUUGACAAUUUUCACUAAAAAACGGUUUUCUGAAGUUAAACUACAUGCUAAAUCAGAAAAAAAAA